GGCUUCUUAGACUUUCAGAUCUUUUUGUCUAUUCCGCAAUGUGCUUGUUUUAGUUCAAAAAAAUUAAGCUGAAAAAAGGGAACUUGGAGUUUGAUAUUGGGGGUUCAUUGGAUAAAGGCUGUUGGGUGGGAUUGAUGGAAAUGGCUCAAUGGUUUUUUUGUUGCUUAUUUUGAAGGGCACCCAUUUGAAUGAAGUUGCUAUUGUGCAUCUAGAUUGUGUUUGCUGAUUGUGAAAGUAAUGGGAUUUGAGUGAUUUGCUGUUUCUGCAAAAGGGGGUGUAGCUUGGAGUCUGGAAAAUGGGGUUUUGCAGAUGAAAGAUUGUAGAUGAGAAAAUGGAGGUUGAGAAAAGACGCUCAAAGGGAGGCUUCCUGAACUUGUUUGAUUGGAAUGGUAAAUCUCGGAAGAAGCUGUUCUCUAACAAUUCGGACUUACCCGAAGGAUUGAAGCAGGAAAGAGAAAAUGUGGAGAAUGUGUCGAAGUCAUGGCUCAAUAGGGUAGAGGUGGAUGAGAAUGGAGCAAGUUCAAGUUCAAGUAAUAAAGGAAGUAGUGAUUCUAACUGUCCUUUGUUGGUUACUGGUGAUGAAGGAGGUGGGGCUAGAGCCCCUGGAGUAGUCGCUAGACUCAUGGGUUUGGAUUCAUUGCCAGCUUCAAAUGUCCCCGAGUCUUCUUCUGCCCCAUGUUUUGACUAUUCCUCUUUUAGACCAUCUCUUUAUGAUAGGAGCAAUCCUAAUUUGUUGAGUGAUUAUCACCGCAUGGACUACAUAAACAUGCCUAAUAAGCUGGAGAAGUCUUCUUGGAAUCCUCUAGAGUCAAGAACAAAGAAGCUGCAGAACCGCCCAAUUGAGAGAUUCCAAACAGAGGUGCUGCCUCCAAAAUCAGCUAAAUCAAUUCCAAUUACUCAUCAUCGAUUGUUGUCUCCUAUCAAGGGUCCUGGGUAUAUCCCAACAAAGAACCUGGCUUACAUGUUGGAGGCUGCUGCAAAGAUAAUGGAUGCAAGUCCUCGAGCAUCUACCAAGAAUAACAUGUCAUCCUUUGGGUCUUCUUCAGUUCCAUUGAGGAUUCGGGAUUUGAGAGAGAAAUUGGAAGGUGGACAUAGAGCAUCCAGGCCUGAAAGACUCAAGGAACCCAGUGCUGUUAAGUAUAAGAGAGGACAGCCCUAUGACGGGAGCAAGAAGGGAUAUGCAUCAGAAUCCAAAUCUUCUACAAAUUCAGAAACGAGUGGUUCCUACAGUUUGAGGAGUAAGAAAAAAUCAGUUUCACUUGCAGAACAAGCAAAAGUCAAUGUUCAGAGACGAACUGGAUCGACUUUGAGUAAUAACAGGAAUUUCAUGAACCAGAAGGAGCCGAAUGAUGUGAAAUCGAACCAGUUAACUAAGAAGCAGCCAAGUAUGCAAAGGACUGCACAGAAGAGAACUUCUGCAAGCAGGACUAGCAAUGCGCUCAGGCAGAAUAACCAGAAGCAGAAUUCCUCAUCCAAUAUCGAUAGUUCAAGUUCAAAAGUUUCAGUUUCCAAUAAGCUAGCAAGAAGAACUCGAUCCAUUGAUGGUUCGGUUGGGCCAACUAAGAUUGUAAAUAAGGUUGUUGUCAACUCUGAAACUGGGGCUAAAAAGCUGAGCUCAGUAGCAACUCAUACUGAAAAGGAGUUUUUGUUAUCCAAAAGAUCUAAAGUCUCUCAAAAGAAAAUGUCUGCAGAUGGGGAUGUUCACAUUGAAGAAAACAUCAUUGAUGAUGCAUUAAUCAAUAAUGAUGAAAGUUCUAGGAAAUGCAAUGUUGCAAUUGAUGGAUGCUUGAAUUCGGGCGCAGAUAACAUGAAACAAGGCAUGGAUGUAAUUUCAUUUACGUUCAUGUCUCCCUUGAGAAGAUGCACACAUGAAGUACAGUCCUCAAGUCAGGUCAUGGGAAAACAUAGUCGUUUCAGUAAUGAUUCCUUUGGUGAUAAUGAUCAGUUUCUUCCAGACAAUUUUAACCUAUCAUCUCCUGGUUUGAAUGUAACCGGUGGUGAUGCUUUGAGUGUCCUUUUACAACAAAAACUGCAGGAGUUGACACUUAGAGUUGACUCAUCCCAUGAUAACUUGGUCAGAGAAGGGACGUGUGCUAGUUUAGCAUCCAGUUUGCAGGAUUCAGUUCCGAACCUGGUGAGUUCCAAAUCAAGGGAACAGAGCAAGAGGUUUCAAUUUGGUCUCCAUAGAAAUAAGUUUGAUAGCAUACAAGACUAUGAUUACUCUUCAGUUGAUGAUCUACCACAAAAUGUGAACCAGCAGAGGCAGUUUCAGGUAUCUGAAGGGAUGAAAGAGCAUAGCAGUUGCAGCAUCGACAGUGCAACUGUAGAAGAACUAGAUUGUCUACAUCCCAGGCCUGCUUCAAGUUUUGAACACUCUUUUGGGGGUGAAAGUUUCUCAGACAAUAGUCAGAGUACCAGUGGGAGCACAAAGUGUUCAUUGGAGCAAGCUCAAGAAUCAUUUAGUUGGCACUCUACAAAAGAAUCUCUACCAGUAGGAGGUGAGGUGGAAUUAUCUGACUCCGCCUCUUCCAUGCCUACGGGGGAUGUGGGCACAAAGCAUAUAAGUAGAACAUUCAGUUUCAUAGGUUUUAAGGGAUCAAGCAACAGGGAACUAGAAUAUGUUAGGGAUAUACUCAAAAACACACAGUUGAUGUUGGAAGAUUUUGAAUUGGGUCACACCAGCAAGAUUGUAGCCCCAAAUCUCUUUGAUCAGUUGGAUAAUCAGGGAAAUGGAGAAGAGCACUUUAAGCUUGGGAGAAAAGUUAUAUUUGAUUGUGUGAGUGAAUGCCUGGAUCUCAGGUACAGUGAAAUUGUUGAUGGAAGCUGCAAAUCAUGGGCUAAGUGGGUGACAAUGUCCGGUAAGAAGGUAUGGCUGGCAGAGGAAUUGUAUAAGGAGAUUUUAGGUUGGAAAAGCAUGGAGGACAUGAUGGUGGAUCAGCUUGUGGACAAGGACAUGAGCACUCAGUGUGGGAGAUGGCUUGACUUUGACAAAGAAGCAUUUGAAGAAGGUGUGGAAAUUGAGAAGGGAAUAUUGGCUUCUUUGGUUGAUGAAUUGGUUUAUGAUAUAUUGCAUUUAUAAUGCAUUGAUGGCUGCUUUCUUUCCUUUUAGUUUCAAUCUGUCCUGGUGAAUCCCUCAAGUAGUGGACUUGUACCUUUUUUUUUUUUUUUUUUUAAUUUUAAUUUUUUUUGGUAUAUAUAUUAUUCAAAAGAUGGAAAGCAUCAAAGAUCAUUCACUCUGGUGGAUAUUAUUUUCCAA